UCCACGGUAGGAAUUUGCCUUCCUCACCUGCUUCUCAGGUUCGACGCAGUGACUUCCUCCAAAAUAAACUGGACCCCCGGGCCCGCCAGCCGCGCCACCACUCCGUUAAGGAGGCGCUUCACUUCCGGGUGUCCCCAGGGGUGGAGGCGACCACCGCACGAAAGACAAGGGACUACAGACUUGGGACGGUCAGCGCCAUGGGCAGCAGCUGCCGCAUCGAAUGCAUAUUCUUCAGCGAAUUCCACCCAACGCUGGGACCCAAAAUUACCUAUCAGGUCCCUGAGGAUUUCAUCUCCCGCGAGCUGUUUGACACGGUCCAGGUGUACAUCAUCACCAAGCCCGAGCUGCAGAACAAGCUGAUCACUGUCACAGCCAUGGAGAAGAAGCUGAUUGGCUGCCCCGUGUGCAUCGAACACAAGAAGUACAGCCGCAAUGCCCUCCUCUUCAACUUGGGCUUCGUGUGUGAUGCUCAGGCCAAGACGUGUGCCCUGGAACCCAUCGUUAAAAAGCUGGCUGGCUACUUGACCACACUGGAGCUGGAAAGCAGCUUUGUGUCCACAGAGGAGAGCAAGCAGAAGUUGGUGCCCAUCAUGACCAUCUUACUGGAAGAACUCAAUGCCUCCGGCCGGUGCACUCUACCUAUUGAUGAAUCCAACACCAUCCACUUGAAGGUGAUUGAGCAGCGCCCUGACCCUCCUGUGGCUCAGGAGUAUGAUGUGCCGGUCUUCACCAAGGACAAAGAGGAUUUCUUCAACUCGCAGUGGGACCUCACCACACAGCAGAUCCUGCCCUACAUUGACGGAUUCCGCCAUGUCCAGAAGAUCUCUGCUGAGGCAGACGUGGAACUCAACCUGGUGCGCAUCGCCAUCCAGAACCUGCUGUACUAUGGUGUUGUGACGCUGGUAUCCAUCCUCCAGUAUUCCAAUGUGUACUGCCCAACGCCAAAAGUCCAGGACCUGGUGGAUGACAAGACCCUACAGGAGGCGUGUCUGUCCUACGUCACCAAGCAAGGACACAAAAGGGCCAGUCUCCGAGAUGUAUUCCAGCUGUACUGCAGUCUAAGCCCCGGCACCACUGUGCGAGACCUCAUCGGCCGCCACCCCCAACAGUUACAACACGUGGAUGAGAGGAAGCUGAUCCAGUUUGGGCUCAUGAAGAACCUCAUCCGGAGACUACAGAAGUAUCCAGUCCGGGUGGCUCGGGAGGAACGGAGUCACCCUGCCCGCCUUUACACAGGAUGUCACAGCUACGACGAGAUCUGCUGCAAGACAGGCAUGAGCUACCACGAACUGGACGAGCGACUAGAAAAUGACCCCAACAUCAUCAUUUGCUGGAAGUGAGGCCGGCUGGAGCAUAGUACUAUGGCUACUUGUCCAAGACACGUAGGCUGGUACAUACGGUCUGGAAGGUGAUCCUCGGUUUUGUACAUCAAGUCACCCAUUUCAUCCUGUGGAAUGCUGAGUCCUCAGCCAGCCACGGAAGAGCCGUGAAUGUGCAGGCCAUGCCAACUGGCCGGGCCUGGCUGGGGUGCCAUCUAGUGGGCAGAAAUGACAAUGGACAAGUAAACAAUAAGGUUUUGGUUUGG